UUGAAAUGCGGAAGCUUCAUGCUCUAACCCUCCUCUGCCACCUUGACUUGAAGCGCUUCACAAACAGCAUUGACACCACGCUAUUGUUUUCGAGAAAGCACGACAGGCAAAUAGCUGUGAGCUGGAUACUAAAAAGAAGAAUUGGACACACAGAGCUUUGUAGGCAGGACUUCUGUCCGCUAGAUCGUUUGCUGUUGAGGAUCAACAGUUCACACACACACACACACACACCAUCACUUGGAGAGGAGCCUCCCCCUGGCCUGUAAUGACUAUUGGACUUCCCAGUAAAUCAUUAACCACAUCAAUCUGCAGACACCCUCCAUAACAUCCUCAGAUGGACAAACAGCAACAGAAAGAACAGCAAGGUCAUUGUUCAAGUAGAAGGACCCUUUUUGUAAAUAGGAGCCUAAAGAAAACAACAGCCCGUACACAGCAUUGAUGCCACGAACUGAUUGGUGAAUCCCUUUCCUACCCGUCUGGCUGGCCUGCAGCACAUGGUAACACCCCAGAUCUAAUCAGCUUUUAGAAGUUGACCAUUAACCCCCUGUACCGAUCGCAAGCACCUCUCCACAUGUCAGCGGCUGCUUCUGCACAGUGGAUCCUGAAGCAAAGUUCACUGUCACAGGGAGCAGAAGUCUGUCGGACGGCAGGAGCUUGCUCCGUCCUCUGGAUUUGUCCCCUAUUUUUUCCAGUUUUUUGCUAUUCUUAUAGGAGUAAAUCUGCAGCCAUGGCUUCAGCAAGUUAUGGAUACUACAGAGGCACUAUAUUUCUGGCCAUGUUUGUUGGUUACACGUUGUACUACUUUAACAGAAAGACUUUCUCCUUUGUGAUGCCUUCUCUAAUGCAAGAAAUUAAGCUGGACAAGGAUGACCUGGGCAUGAUCACCAGCAGUCAAUCUUUGGCCUACGCUAUCAGUAAGUUCAUCAGUGGCGUGCUUUCAGACCAAAUCAGCGCCCGCUGGCUCUUCUCUAUUGGCCUGUGCAUGGUGGGAGGCAUCAACGUGUUCUUCUCCUGGUCCUCCACUGUCGCAGUCUUCUCUGCCCUGUGGUUCCUUAACGGUCUGGGCCAGGGCCUCGGCUGGCCUCCCUGCGGCAGAGUGCUACGCAAGUGGUUUGAGCCCUCUCAGUUCGGGACGUGGUGGUCAGUUCUCUCCUGCAGCAUGAAUCUGGCUGGCAGCUUUGGCCCCAUCAUUGCCACAGUGCUGGCCCAGAGUUACAGCUGGAGGACGAUUCUGUCGGUAUCUGGAAUGAUCUGUGUAGCGUUCUCCCUCAUUUGUCUCCUGCUCAUCAAGAACGAGCCUAAGGAUGUGGGGCUGCCCAAUAUAGAGGCAGCAGCCAAGAAGAGCAAAGGAGGAUCCUCCAGUGAUGAAAGCACCCUGUCCGAGUUCCUACUGUCACCCUACCUGUGGCUGCUGUCUGUGUCCUACCUGGUGGUGUUUGGGGUGAAGACGGUCUGCACUGACUGGGGCCAGCUGUUUCUCAUUCAGGACAAGGGCCAGUCUACGCUUAUUGGUAGCUCAUACAUGAGUGCCCUGGAGGUUGGAGGUCUGUUGGGAAGUCUCGCAGCAGGUUUCCUUUCUGACAAGGCUGUGGCCAAACAAGGCAUGAGAAUCCAUGGCAACCCUCGCCAUUUCAUCCUGAUCUGCAUGAUGGCUGGAAUGUUUGUGUCCAUGUACCUGUUCAGGGUCACAGUUACUCCUGACAGCUCACAGGUGUGGAUACUCAGCUUGGGUGUUGCUUUCGGUUUCUCCUCGUAUGGACCAAUAGCAUUGUUUGGAGUUAUAGCCAAUGAGAGCGCCCCAUCCAACUACUGCGGGACAUCACACGCCAUUGUUGCCCUGAUGGCCAACAUUGGUGGCUUCCUGUCCGGACUACCGUUCAGCACCAUUGCAAAGCACCACGGCUGGGAAACGGCCUUCUGGGUAGCAGAGAUCACCUGUGGGAUCACCACUAUUGGAUUCUUCCUGCUGCGCAACAUCCGAACAAAGAUGGGUCACGUGCCCAAGAAGGCAGACUAAAAACAUCACACAUCAUCCUCUGCACCAAAGGAAGAACUAGAUACUUUCAGCCAUCUCCGUAUUUUCUUAGAGGUUGAGCACUUUUUCUUCAAACGCCUUUUCUACAUACAGUAUAUACAGUCUGUCUGUAAACAGGGCACUAAUAACUCAAGAGGCAAAUGUGCAUUAUGUACGUCACAUCACGAAAUGUGGCAAAAAAACACAACUAGAGAAAUGUUUUCUCUCCAAAGGCCACUGUAAAGUAUUUCAAUGAUGAGAGCAGAAAACUGGACCCUGGUUUAGAAACUGGUAUAUUACACAAUAUCUGUGUUUUUAAAAAAAUGUACUAUUGAAUCAUGAAUGAAAUGACAAUACACAAUGGUCGUCUUUUUGUAGAAA